AUGGCCUCCGACCCAGAGGUGUCUGCAGCGCCUGCCGGCGAUGUGAAGAAGUCAACUCUACCCAAUGAUGACCAGCGUCCACCUUCGAUUCAAUAUGUCGAAAACUCUGACCUUGAGCCAACCCCAAAGGUCGCUAUAUCCACGAUCUUGGCCGUUUUCUUCAUGGGCCUGACCUAUGUCCCCGCCAUCGCAACCGGAUUCAUCAUGCCGACUCAGAUCCUUCAGCAGAUCGGUAUGGCCUUGGGGGACACCGAACACAUCGCUUGGAUCCCCGGUAGUUGGUCCAUUGGUUCUGCUGUCGCAUUCUCUAUUGCUGGCGGUUUGAGUGAUGUAUUUGGUCGCCGAUAUGUGCUAUUGUGCGGCCAGACCAUCGUCCUGGUUGGUGGUACUACAUUGCACAUCGUCGCUGGAACUACCUUAAUCGGCUUUGGCGCCGGUAGUAUCAUGGUAUCGUAUCCUGGCAUCGCCGAGCUUCUCCCCAACAAGUACAGAGGUAUUGGCCUGGCGUGGACCGAGUUUUGCAUCACUAUCCCUUGGGGCUCGUUAGCCGGCCUCAUCGCUACUCACCUAUAUCUUAAGGCGAGCUGGAGAUGGUGUUACUAUAUCACCAUAAUCUACGCUGGUAUUUGUCUCAUCGGAACCUUCAUCUGCUACUUCCCCCCGUCUCGACCGCAGCACGACUUUGAGAGGACGCGUUGGCAGCAGGUGAAGGAGCUUGACUACAUCGGACUCCUCCUCUUUGCCACCGGCCUUACCGUAUUCCUCAUCGGAGUCACCUUCCUCGGCGCCACCCAUAGGUCCAUGACACUCGUUGCGACAACUAUUUCGAUCGGUGCCUGUGUCUUCAUUGCAGCCUUUGUCUACGACUUCACCAUCCCGAAGAAGCCACUUUUCCCUCUUAAGAUCUUUCGCAUGUACCGAGAGUUCACUGUGUAUCUUGUGGUCCUCUUCGUCUCUGGUAUGAUCUGGCAGGGAGUUGUCACACUCGGCAACCAGGCUAGUUUGUUCAUGUUCACCAACGAUAUUCUUGAAAUCGGCGUCAUGUCAGUCCCCGCCAGUAUGUCCGGCAUUAUUGGAGGUUGGAUUUUGCCCAGUCUUGUUCACAAGAUCAAGCACAUCCGAUAUCAAUUCGUCUUCGCCCUUAUAAUGCAGACCGUCUUCACCGCAUCAUACGCCGCCGUGGUCCCUAACAACAAGACCGGUUGGGAGAUCCUGCCUAUGUUCGGUCAGUCGUGCUUUACCUGGGUCACGGUGCUGUCCUACGUUUCAUCUGGCCUGUUGGUCCCGCAGGAGGAGCUUGGAGUCUCAGCAGGUCUUAUGGGUUCAUUCCGCAGCGCUGGCGGAUCGCUCGGAAACGCCAUGUUCAGCACGAUUUUGACCUCUAUCGUCAACCGCGACCUCGGUAACAACAUUGCUGGGGCUGCUAUCGGUGCGGGCUACUCUCCAAAAGACUUGCCUGCCUUGAUUCCAGCCGUCAUCCAGAAUGCGGUUGGUGUGCCUUUUGCCAUGGCCAAGGUUCCCAACGUAACAGAGCCAGUUCUCCAGGCGACGGCCGCCGCGUUCAAGAACACAUACGCAAAGGCUUUCAGGACUGUGUUUUACUCGACAAUCCCAUUGGGUGUAUUGGCCAUUAUUGCGGCGUGUUUCAUCCGUGAUCCAAGUCACUUGCUUAAUAACCAUGUUGCUGUCCAGCAAGAGAAGGAAGUUCUCGGAAAGAAGAAGGAUAUUGAAAUGGAACCCAAGAUUAUCGAUUAA